AAGCUGACAGGAGCUUGACAGAGCUGACAGGAGCAGACAGGAGCUGACAGGAGCAGAGACUUCACAGUGAUUCGUCUGGAGGAGAGAAACGUGGUCUGAGGUGGAGAUGGAGCUGGAGACGACUCGAAACGGAGGCUCCAAACAGAGCCGAGGAUCAGACGCUCAGAAACGAGGAGCCACCGUCAGCUUCCACAACAUCCACUACAAGGUCCAGCAGGGAGGAGGCCUCUUCUGCUGCAAGAAGACCCUCAAGGACAUCCUCAUAGACCUCAAUGGGAUCAUGAAGCCUGGUCUAAACGCCAUCAUGGGAGCCACCGGCAGUGGAAAGUCCUCGUUCCUGGACGUGUUGGCGGCGCGUAAAGAACCGUCUGGUCUCAGUGGAGAAGUUCUGAUUGACGGAGCUCCUCAACCUCCCAACUUCAAGUGUCUGUCAGGGUACGUGGUCCAGGACGAUGUGGUGAUGGGGACUCUGACCGUGCGGGAGAACUUCAGGUUCUCUGCAGCUCUGCGUUUGCCCUCGACCAUCUCCCAGGACCUGAAGGACCAGAGGGUCGACCGCCUCAUCCAAGAACUCGGCCUGGGGAAGGUGGCGGACUCCAGGGUGGGCACUCAGCUGAUCCGGGGCAUCUCUGGGGGCGAGAGGAAGAGGACGAACAUCGGGAUGGAGCUGAUCAUCGACCCGUCGGUUCUGUUCCUGGACGAACCGACGACGGGUCUGGACGCCUCCACCGCCGGCUCCGUGCUGCUGCUGCUCAAGAAGUAAAAACUCUCACAAACGAUCCUCAACUAUUCUGCUUUUAUUUUUAUUUUGUUGUCAUUGUUCUCCAAAAUAUUUCCAAAAUAUUUCCAAAAUAUUUCCAAAAUAUUCUCAUCAUCAGGAUACACCUGUGAGCCCCACAAUAACCCUGCAGACUUCUUCCUGGACGUGAUCAACGGAGACUCGACGGCCGUGGCUCUGAACAACGCCAACGCCAAAGACGACGACGACGACGACGACGCUGAGUCAAACGACAACGAUAACGACGCAGAGUCUCCGUCCACUCAGGCCAUCGAGGAGAAGCUGGUGCAGGAGUACAGGACGUCCAGCUACUACAAGCAGACCAAAGCAGAACUCGAGCGAAUCGUGGCGGGAAAACAGAGGUCGGCGUCGUCUCGCUCCAGAACCAUCACCUACAACACGAGCUUCUGCACACAGUUCAGAUGGGUCCUCAAGAGAACCUUCAGGAACCUGGUGCUCAACCCCCAGACCUCCGUCGCCCAGGUGGCGGUCACCGUGUUCCUGGCGCUCGUGGUCGGCGCGCUCUUCUUCGGCGUCAAGAAUGACCAGAGCGGGAUUCAGAACAGGUUCGGUGCUCUUUUCUUCGUCACGGUGAAUCAGUGUUUCAGUUCUGUGUCUUCGGCUGAACUUUUCAUCACCGAGAGGAAACUCUUCAUACACGAGUACAUCAGCGGGUACUACCGGGUCUCGGUGUACUUCCUGUCCAAGAUCCUGUCGGACAUACUCACCCUGAGGACCAUCCCCGCCAUCGUCUUCACCUGCGUCGCCUACUUCAUGAUCGGUCUGAAGCCGACCGCCGCCUCGUUCUUCAUCUUCAUGGUGACGGUGGCGCUCGUGUCGUACACGGCGACGUCCAUGACCCUGGCGAUCUCGGCCGACCAGACGGUGGUCGCCAUCGCCAACAUCUUCAUCACCAUCUCCUUCGUCUUCAUGAUGAUUUUUACGGGGUUGCUGGUGAACCUUCCGUCCAUCGUGAGUUGGUUGGCGUGGCUCAAGUAUCUGAGUAUCCCCCGAUACGGAUUUGGGGCGCUGCAGAUAAAUGAGUUUGUGGGACUGGAGUUCUGCCAAAAACUGAACGGCACCGAGUUUUGUCGUCUGGGGGAGGAGGUCCUCACAGAGCAGGGUGUGGACUCGUCGUUGUGGGGACUGUGGCAGAAUCACGUGGCUCUGGGUGUCAUGACGACGGCGUUUCUCACCAUCGCCUACGUCAAACUCCGAUUCAUCCGCAAGUUCACCUGAAAGGACUUUAAAAUACGCACACAUACACACACGCACACAACACAUACACACACAGACACACACACACAGAGCUGAGCCUGGUGUUAAAGUGUUUAUAUUAAACAGUUUUUUUUGUUUUUGUUCAUUUAAAAUAUUGUGACUUAAGAGUUUGGCUGGUGUCAGGACGUUGGGGAUGCCGCACACUCGCGGGGACGCUGCACACUUGCGGGGACGCCGCACACUCGCGGGGACGCUGCACACUCACACAGACACCGCAGACUCCACACACCCGGGAUACUUGAGUACAUGUACACACACUCAAUCACACACGUUUGACGCACGAACCCUGGAGUGGCCCAACUCUCCUGAAAACUUGAUGACAUCACAAGGUGGAGCAGAGCGUCUGGAGCUUUGCAGAUGUAAACAGACUCAUAAUAAAGUUUUACUCAAACAUGUGAAUGAAACAAACACAAGUCCGUGUGUGUUUGUGUGCGUUUGAACAGUUUGUGUGUUUGUUUUGUUCAGAGUUGUGUCGGUGCUGCACUUUAACACAAAAAAAAAUGACUCCACAAAAACAUUUAUUUUUCAAACUGAUUUAAUAAAAUAAAGUGAAAAACUGAAA